AUGCGUAAACAAAAGGAAGAGUUUCGAAAACGUAUUAUAUCAUUAAUUAUUCAAGACGAUGUAGUUUCACCAGAUCAUUCAUUUCCCGAACCUGACGAAAAAGAUAUAAAUCGAUACUAUUACUAUAUUCGAAAUGGGAUUGAUACAAUUCAUGUUCCACCGAUGGAAAAAAAAUUAUUUGAUCAGAUUACAAAUUUAAUUCCACAAAAUUUAUGGAAAUUGCAACAAACUAUGGCCGAAAAUGUUAUUGAUAUGAAAGAAGAUUAUAUGCUAGCGGUAAAAAAAGCAAUCGUGGAUUUUGUUUUAAAAGAUCCAUAUCAUCCAAUUUCUAUUUUACCCAUAUUUAAGUCACCAGAGCGUAAUGAAAUUAUUCAAAUUAUUGCCGAAGCAAAAGGUAACAUGAGACUUCGAUGUGAUCAAUUACAGCGUAAAUUACAUGCUCUAAAUCCAUGUAUUUUACAUAUUAUGCGUUUAUGGAGUGAAGAGUAUGAAAAAUUUAGUAUUAUUCCAAUGUCUGAAUAUGAGAAUCAAACUAAACCAUUUAUAUUAGAACUCUUUGAUAAAAUGUUAUCUCGUCAUUUUGAAAAAGCAAAAAGCAAGCUAGCAAUUGAUUGGAUGGACCAAAUCCAUGAAUUAUUUUUACAUGCACAUAAACGUAAUUUAUUACCAGAUCCAGGAAAACGUGUGCGUUGGCAAAAAUUUUAUGAUUGUGUUGCAUUUGUUAUGGCAAAAGAAUUGGCUGCAUUACUCACACAAAGUGUGGAAGAUUAUACAAAUUUUAUACUUUCGAUUAAUGUAAACGAAAUUGAAAAGAGUGUAUUGGGAGUUUAUAAAGAUAUGAUAGAUACAAUUACCGAUUUAGCUCGUUUGGAAACACGUCUUUAUAUGGAAUAUAAUGAACCAACGCCUCCAUUAAAACCGACUUUACCUAUGGAGUUUAUUGAGGAAAAUAAGAAAAAAUUAGAAGAUUUAUUGAAACAUGAGAGGAUUAAACCCGAAGAACAUAUUACAAGUUUUGAUGAGUAUUUACAUAUUAUUAAUGGCGAGGCGGAUAAUGAUACAGAUGAAUUUAUUAAAGAAUCGCAUUCGUUAAACCAAUAUAUUAAUGAAAUUGAAAAAUACAAAGAUAUUUAUGACAAGGCUUAUGAUGUUUUACGAGAAGUACCAUUAGGACUUUAUGAAUUGAAUUGCAACCAAUUAAUUGAUAGCAUUUUAUCGGAUUGUGAUAAGAUUAAAAAUAAAUUGGUAAAAAGAUGUACGGCUAUUUAUCAAAAACGAUGUAAAAGUCUUGGUGAAAAAUAUAAGCAUGUUGCAGAGAGAUUAACUACUGUUCCAAAAAACACUGCUGAACUGAUGGAUUUAAUUUCAUAUGGUGAUAAAACCCAAGCACGUGGUUUGGAAGAAAUGCAAGAAGAAUUACGUGAAAUUUUAAAAUACAUCACUUAUUUAAUUGGCAAUUCAACAUUUACAAAACCGGAAUAUGAUCAAAAUACUUCUGCUAUUAAAUGGUAUUUAAAAAUGCCAGAAGUAUUGUUCAACCAUCAUUUGGUCACUGAUAAAUAUCAUGCACAUUAUCAAGUUGUUCUGAAAAAAACUAUUGAAGACCUCAAAGACGAUUUAGAUAUUUGGGCGAAAGAAGUUGAAGAAUUCGUUAACUAUAAUGAUGUUUCUAAAAUUCAUCAGUAUUGGGAAAAAGCAACAAAACUUGAUGCAGCUUUAAAUGAUGCAUUGGAUCGAAUUGAUCGUAUUAACGAAGAAGAAGUGGCCUUUGAAUGGGAGAUAUCAUCGUACCCAAAUCGAAAACAGAUUCAAGAUUCAUUAUCACCCUAUAAAAAAUUGUACGAUACAGCUACAGAAUUUUUGGAUAAUAGUAAGCUUUGGCUUUCAUCACAACUUGGUUUGUUCGAUCCAGAUAUGAUUGAUAGUGAAGUGUCAGCAUAUUAUCGUAAUAUGAUCAAAUUGGAGAAAAGUUUUGAAGAACCUGGUCCAAAACAAAUUGCUGAAGAAGUACGAAUAAAAGUUGAUGAAUUUAAAAAAUAUUUACCAAUUAUUCAAACAUUGGGUAAUCCUGGCUUAAAAGAACGGCAUUGGGCAAUUAUAUCGGAUUUAACUGGUAUAGAAUUUGUACCAAAUGAACAAUUAACUUUGGCUAAAGUAUUGGAAAUGAAUUUAUAUAAAUUUGUGCCGAAGUUUGCAACAAUUUCAGAAGCGGCCUCAAAAGAGAAUAAUAUUGAAAAAGUAUUGAAGAAAUUAAUUAGUGAUUGGGAUAAUCAAUAUUUUGCAAUACAUCCUUACCGGGAUACUGGAACUUACAUCGUUUCUGCCACGGAUGAUAUUCAAAUAAUUUUGGAUGAUCAUGUAGUCAAAAUUCAAACAAUCAAAAAUUCGCCCUUUAUAAAACCAUUUGAAGAACAAUGCUUGGAAUGGGAUGGAAAAUUAAUAUUAUUGCAAGAGAUUAUGGAUGAUUGGUUAAAAGUACAAGCUACUUGGAUGUAUUUAGAACCAAUUUUCUCUUCACCUGACAUACAAAGUCAAAUGCCGGAGGAAGGUAGAAAAUUCAGUGCAAUGGAUAAAAUUUGGAAAGAUCUCAUGAAAGUUGUAAAUCAAGAUACAAAAGUAAUGUCUGUGAUACAAAUUGACAAGAUGUCAGAUAAACUAAAGAAAUGUAAAACUUUAUUAGAUGUUGUACAAAAAGGAUUAAACAUAUAUCUGGAAAAGAAACGAUUAUUCUUCCCACGAUUUUUCUUUUUAUCUAAUGAUGAAUUGUUAGAAAUAUUGUCUGAAACUAAGGAUCCAACUCGUGUUCAGCCACAUUUGAAGAAAUGUUUCGAAGGUAUUGCUAAAUUAACAUUCACUGAGGACAUGGAUAUUACACAAAUGCGAUCUAGUGAGAAUGAAAUUGUGCCAUUGAGUGACGUUAUUUCUACGGCCCAAGCACGUGGGCAAGUGGAAAAGUGGUUGUGUGAAUUGGAGGCUGAUAUGAAAAAAUCUGUCCGUAUUAUGGUUAUUGAAGCCAUAGCUGAUUAUAAACAGAAAUCGUUUAAUGAGUGGGUCCUUUGUUGGCCAGGACAAACAAUUUUAUGCAUUGCCAUGACAUAUUGGACAACAUUCGUACACGAAUCAAUUCUGGCAGGAGUUGAUGCAUUAGGAAAAUAUUCAAAAGAGUUGAAUGAACAAAUUUUGGAUAUUGUUCAACUUGUUCGAGGAAAACUAACCACACAAAAUCGUAUAACUUUAGGAGCUUUGGUUGUGUUAUACGUUCACGCAAGAGAUGUAUUAGCUGAAAUACAUGCAGAAAAAGUUUCAAAUGUAGAAGACUUUAAAUGGCUUUGUCAGUUACGUUAUUAUUGGAUAAAGGAUGUUGAAUUAGGUAUAGAUGAUUUGGCAACAAGAAUGAUAAACUCAACUUUAAUGUAUGGAUACGAAUAUUUGGGAAAUACACCACGAUUAGUUGUUACUCCAUUAACUGAUCGAUGUUAUCGUACAUUAUUUGGAGCAUUGCAUUUACAUUUGGGUGGAGCACCAGAAGGUCCAGCUGGUACGGGAAAAACUGAAACCACCAAAGAUUUAGCAAAAGCUGUCGCAAAACAAUGUGUGGUAUUUAAUUGUUCUGAUGGUUUGGACUACAUUGCGUUAGGCAAAUUUUUUAAGGGUUUAGCAUCAUGUGGUGCUUGGUCCUGUUUUGAUGAAUUUAACAGAAUUGAUUUAGAAGUAUUAUCGGUUGUUGCCCAACAAAUUUUAACAAUACAGCGUGCAAUUGGUCUUGGAGUGGAAAAAUUUAUUUUUGAAGGCACUGAAAUUCGUAUAGAUCCAACCUGUGCAGUUUUUAUUACAAUGAAUCCAGGAUACGCUGGUCGAUCAGAAUUACCAGAUAAUUUGAAAGCACUAUUUCGUUCAGUUGCCAUGAUGGUUCCUGAUUACGCAUUAAUUUCAGAAAUUGAACUGUACUCAUUUGGGUAUUUAUAUCCAAAACCAUUGGCUAUUAAAAUUGUUGCUACAUAUAAGUUAUGCUCAGAACAAUUGUCUUCACAAUGUCAUUACGAUUAUGGUAUGAGAGCGGUAAAAUCUGUUUUAACUGCAGCCAAAGCUUUAAAAUUGCGUUAUCCAGAUGAGGGUGAAGAUAAAAUGGUUCUGCGUGCCAUUAAAGAUGUAAAUCUACCAAAAUUUUUGGAUCAAGAUGUACCAUUAUUUUUGGGUAUAACAUCUGAUCUAUUUCCUGGAAUAGAAUUACCUGCACCCGAUUAUGAUGCUUUAAAUUCUACGUUAGCUGACUUUGCCAAAGCAACAAAUAAGCAAAUUACUCCAUGGUUUGAAGAAAAAUGUCAACAAUUAUAUGAAAUGAUUGUUUGUAGGCAUGGUUUAAUGAUUGUUGGAUUGCCAUUUUCAGGAAAAACUACAUGUUAUCGAACUUUAGCUGGUGCAUUAGAAUUAAUUGAAAUACGGGGUUUGAUGGAUGAACAUCGUGUGGAAUAUACUGUUAUAAAUCCAAAAUCCAUAACUAUGGGCCAAUUAUAUGGACAGUUUGAUGCGAUGACUCAUGAAUGGUCUGAUGGAGUACUGGCAGUAAAUUAUAGAUUAUUUGCAAUUUCACCAAAUGAGAAUCGGAAAUGGUUAGUUUUUGAUGGGCCAGUGGAUGCCAUUUGGAUUGAAAACAUGAAUACAGUUUUAGACGAUAAUAAAAAAUUAUGUUUAAUGUCUGGAGAAAUCAUUCAAUUGGCCCCAACUACAAAUUUAAUAUUCGAGCCAAUGGAUUUAGAAGUGGCAUCGCCUGCUACAGUUUCUCGAUGUGGUAUGAUUUACAUGGAGCCUGCAUCUUUAGGAUGGGUAGUGUUGCUUGAGUCGUGGAGUAAUAUGCUGCCAUCAACCUUAAAUGAUUUCAAUAAACAAAUGAUUAAAGGAUUAUUCCAUAGAUUUUGUAAACCAAUUAUUUAUUUGCUUCGAAGAACGGGCUUAAAAGAAAUGUAUCCACAACUGGAUUCAAAUUUAGUGCGAAGUACAAUGACUUUAUUUGAUUGUUUUUUGGAUGAUUUUAAACAUGAAAAGAUUGUAAAAAAAUUAACAGAUUUAGAAGUUCGUGCUCAAUUAGAGGGCAUAUUCUUUUUUUCAUGUAUUUGGGCCAUGGGAGGUACAUCCGAUACUUCCACAAGAUUAAAACUAAAUGAAUUAUUUCGAAUAUUAUUGGAGCAAGAUACACCAAUUGAGAAAAUAGUUGCGUUAGGACUACCUGAAGAUUUAAUAGAACCACCUACUAAACCGUAUGUGACACCAAUUCCAUCUGAGGGAACUGUUUACGAUUAUCAAUUUAUAAAAAAGGAUAAAGGUGAGUGGGUAUUAUGGUCAGCAGAGCUGGAAAAUGUUCCGCCAAUACCUAGAGACAUACCAGUCAAUCAAAUUAUUGUGACAACUCUGGAAACAAUCCGUCACAUGGAAUUAAUGAUGUUACUUGUCGGUCAUGGUAAACAUGUAAUGUAUGUUGGGCCAACAGGGACUGGUAAAUCCGUUUAUAUUAUUGAAUUCCUAUUGCGAAGAGUUUCUUCCAAUUUAUUUAAACCAUUAUUUAUAAAUUUUUCUGCACAAACAUCAGCAAAUCAAACACAAGAUAUUAUAAUGCAAAAGUUGGAUAAACGUAAAAAAGGCGUUUAUGGACCACCUGUGGGUAAGAAAUUUGUGGUAUUUGUUGACGAUGUGAGUAUGCCAAUGAAAGAAGAAUAUGGGGCACAACCUCCAAUUGAAAUAUUGCGACAAAUGAUUGAUAUGAAAAGUUGGUAUGACUUAAAAGAAAUUGUGCCACAAAAAUUAGUUGAUAUACAAGUGAUGUGUGCAAUGGGGCCACCUUCUGGGGGAAAUACGGUAACACCGCGUUUUGCUCGACAUUUCGUUACAAUUUGUAUUGAUGAGUUUACUGAUAGUGUUAUGUUGACCAUAUUUAAUAAAAUUAUGGAAUGGCAUGUGAAAAAUAAGGGUUUUGCAGAUGAAUUUGGUAUUAUUGGUCGACAAUGUGUUUUAGCGACUUUGGCAAUAUACAAAAAGACACGACAGUAUCUUUUACCAACACCCACUAAAUGUCACUACCUUUUCAAUUUACGUGAUUUCUCACGUGUAAUUCAAGGUAUGCUUUUGGCUGUUCCCGAUUGUGUGCCAAACAUAAAAAGUAUGAAAAAACUUUGGGUACAUGAAGUGUUACGCGUAUAUUAUGAUCGCUUGGUAGAUGAUGAUGAUAGAACAUGGUUGUUUGGAGCAUUGCACACAAUAAUGGAAGAUAUUUUAGAAGAAAAUUUAGAUCAGUUAUUAGAAAUGUAUAUGGGAAAAGAAACGACUGUAGCAGGAGAAAAUGAAUUUCGUCGAUUAAUAUUUUGUGAUUUUGCUAAAGAAGCAAAAAAAUAUUCUGAAGUGGGUGAUUUAGAUGAAUUGAGUAAAAGUUGUGACACCUAUUUAGCAGAGUAUAAUAAUUUAUCGAAGAAACCAAUGAACUUAGUAUUAUUCAGUUUUGCUGUAGAACAUUUAGCUCGAAUAUGUCGUGUUAUUAAACAGCCUCGAAGUCAUUCUUUAUUAGUGGGUGUUGGAGGCUCCGGGCGACAAUCCUUAACCCGUUUGUCGGCAUUCAUUUCUGAAUAUGAUAUAUAUCAAGUUGAAAUUAGUCGACAAUAUGGUCAAAAUGAAUGGUACGAUGAUUUGCGUCUAAUUCUAAAGAAAACUAGUACUUCUGAUGUACCCGCAGUGUUUCUAUUUGCUGAUUCUCAAGUGAAGCAAGAAUCAUUUUUGGAAGAUCUAAAUAACUUAUUAAAUUCGGGAGAAGUCCCAAAUCUUUUCCCAGCUGAUGAAAAAUUGGAACUUUGUGAAAAAAUGCGUGCCAAAGAUCGACAGCGUGACAAAGCCCAGCAAACCGAUGGAAGCCCUUUAGCAUUAUUUAAUUUUUUUGUACAAACUUGUCGCGAUCAAUUACACAUUGUCUUGGCCAUGAGUCCAAUUGGUGAUAGUUUUCGUAACCGAGUUAGAAAGUUUCCAGCAAUGGUUAAUUGUUGUACUAUUGAUUGGUUUCAAGCCUGGCCAGCAGAUGCAUUAUUAGCCGUAUCUACAAGAUUUUUGAACGAAGUAAGAUUAACUGAUAAUGAGCGCGAUGCGUGCAUUACUAUGUGCCAAGAUUUUCAUACAUCGACUCAAGAUUUAACUGAACAAUUUUUCAAGCGAUUACAACGACGAUGCUAUGUAACUCCGACUUCGUAUUUAGAAUUAAUAUCAACUUUCAAAUCUUUACUUGGACAGAAGAGAAAUGAAAUUUUGCAAGCUAAACGUCGAUAUGAAGUGGGUUUACAAAAAUUAGAUUCUGCCGCAUCAGAAGUAGGUGUAAUGCAACGUACGCUGGAAGCAUUACAACCGAAAUUAGUAACAGCCGCAGCAAAAGUAGCAGAUACUGUUCGUAUUGUAGAGGUAGAAAAAGUACAGGCUGAAGCGGUUGCAAAAGUUGUAAUGGCUGAUGAAGCUGUCACCAAUGAACAAGCCAAGGCUGCCCAAGCAAUAGCUGAUGAAUGUAAUGCCGAGUUGGAGAAAGCACAACCAAUUGUCGAUGCGGCUAUAGCAGCGCUAAAAACUAUAGAGGACAAAGAUAUAGCAGUUGUAAAAACCCUCAAAAGUCCCCCAGAUGCUAUAAAGCUAGUUAUGGAAGCUAUUUGUAUUUUAAGAGAUGUAAAGCCUGAUAGAAUUCCUAAUCCGUCAGGAAUUGGAAAAAUCGAAGAUUAUUGGGGGCCAUCGAAACGAAUACUUGGUGAUAUUAAAUUUAAAGAGACCUUAUUAAAUUUUCCAAAAGAUGACAUACAAGACAGAAUUAUGCAACGGCUUCGAUCAACAAUAUUAAAAGAUGAACGAUUUAUUCCUUCUAAAAUUGAGACGGUUUCACAUGCUUGUGCAGGUUUGUGUAAGUGGGUAAUAGCCAUUUCAGAAUAUGAUGUUGUUGCAAAAUUUGUUGCACCAAAGAAAGCUGCAUAUCAAAAAGCUCAAGAUGAAUUAAAUGUUGCUAUGGAAGCAUUAGAAGUAAAACGUAAUCAAUUAAGAGAUGCCAGAGAAAAAGUGGAAAAAUUAGAAGACGCUUUAGCAGAAGAACAAAGAAAAUUACAAAACUUGCAAGAUGAGGCAGCACUCUGCUCAUUAAAACUACAACGUGCUGAAGAGUUAAUUGGAGGUCUUGGUAGUGAAAAAACUCGAUGGAGUAGCACAGCAAAAGAACUUGGUGAAAAAUAUUUUGCCUUAACUGGAAAUAUCCUAAUUGCGUCUGGAGUGGUAGCAUACUUAGGACCAUUCACAUUAGAAUUUAGGACCAGUGCUAUUAAAAAUUGGACAAAAGCAUUAAAUGAUUUGGGUGUGAAUUGUGAUUUAGAUUUUCAGUUAUUACCAAUAUUAGGAGAUCCAGUUUUAAUUCGUGCCUGGAAUAUUUUUGGAUUACCAACUGAUACGUUUUCCACUGAUAAUGGAAUUAUUAUUGCAAAUUCUAGACGGUUUCCAUUAAUGAUUGAUCCCCAAAGUCAAGCUAAUAAAUGGAUACGAAAUAUGGAAGCAAAAAACAAAUUAAUAGUUAUUCGUCUCAGUUCAUCCGAUUAUGGUAGAAAAUUAGAAAAUGGAAUACAAUUUGGUUAUCCUGUAUUAUUGGAGAAUAUUGGAGAAGAAUUGGAUCCAGUUUUGGAACCAUUACUGUUACAACAAACAUUCAAACAAGCUGGUACUUUAAUGAUUAAAAUUGGUGAUUCUGUAAUCGAGUAUAGUACGGAUUUUAAAUUUUAUAUCACUACAAAAUUACGAAAUCCUCACUACUUACCAGAAGUUGCUGUAAAAGUAACAUUAGUGAAUUUUAUGAUCACUGAAAUUGGUUUACAAGAUCAGUUAUUAGGUAUUACAGUUGCAAAAGAACGACCGGAUUUGGAAGCAGAAAAAAAUGCAUUAAUUGUUCAGGGAGCCGAAAAUAAAAGAUUAUUAAAAGAAAUUGAGGAUAAAAUUUUGCAUGUAUUAAGCAGUUCUGAGGGUAAUAUUUUGGAAGAUGAAACUGGUGUUCAAGUUUUGAGUUCCUCGAAAGUCUUAUCGAAUGAAAUUCAAGAAAAACAGACUAUUGCCGAAGUUACAGAAAAAUCAAUUGACAAAGCCAGACUUGAGUACACGUCGAUUGCAGCUCAUAGUACCGUUUUAUUUUUUACUAUUGCUGUUUUAGCGAAUAUUGACCCAAUGUAUCAAUAUUCAUUGAUAUGGUUUGUAAAUUUAUAUCAAAGUGCUAUCGAUAACACUGAAAGAGUUGAAGUCGUUACCGAACGUUUAGAAAUCUUAAAGAAUUAUUUUACGUAUUCCUUAUAUGCAAAUAUUUGCCGAAGUUUAUUUGAAAAGGAUAAAUUACUAUUUUCAUUACUCCUUACAAUUAAUCUGAUUAAAAGUAUAGGCGAAUUAAAUCAAGAUGAAUGGAUGUUUUUCCUAACAGGAGGCGUAGGUUUGGAAAAUCCUCAUAUUAAUCCCUGUGAAUGGCUACCAAAGACAUCUUGGGAUGAACUAUGUCGUUUAGAUGAAAUCAAAGCAUUUUCGGGAAUUCGAACUUCUUUUGUCGGCAAUAUAGACCAAUGGAAAGAGUAUUUUGAUUCCUCUGAACCAAAUAAUGACCCCUUACCUCAACCAUGGAAUCUUAGAUUAAAUCAAUUUCAAAGAAUGCUUGUUUUACGAUGUAUACGUCGUGAUAAAACCGUUCCAGCUGUCCAAUCGUAUGUUGGAGAAAAUUUGGGAAAAGCUUAUGUGGACCCACCUCCGUUCGAUUUGCUAUCAGCGUAUGCAGAUUCACAUUGCUGUAUUCCACUAAUAUUUAUAUUAACACCGGGUGCUGAUCCUACAGCGCUUUUAUUAAAAUUUGCUGAUGAUCAAGGAUUUGGUGCAAAUCGAUUAUUUUCUCUAUCGUUGGGCCAAGGUCAAGGUCCAAUUGCGUAUUCAUUAAUUGAGGAAGGUGUGAAAAUGGGAACUUGGGUUGUUUUACAAAAUUGUCAUUUAGCAAAAAGUUGGAUGCCCGAUUUACAAGGUGUCUGUGAAUCACUAUUACCAGAAACCACACAUCCCGAUUUUCGUUUAUGGCUAACAUCAUAUCCAGCUGAUCAUUUUCCUGUGGUUGUACUACAAAACGGUGUAAAAAUGACUAACGAACCUCCGAAAGGAUUGCGUGCAAAUAUUCUACGAUCAUAUUUAAGUGAUCCAAUAUGUGACCCGGAUUAUUUUAAAGAAUGUAAAGAGGUGGAAAUAUUGAAAAAAUUAUUGUUUGGAUUAUGUUUUUUCCAUGCUUUAGUUCAAGAACGACGAAAAUUUGGACCAUUAGGUUGGAAUAUACCAUAUGAGUUUAAUGAAACGGAUUUACGAAUUUGCGUUCUACAGUUGCAGAUGUUUUUAAAUCAAUAUGAAGAAGUACAAUAUGAAGCACUUCGAUAUUUAGCAGGUGAAUGUAAUUAUGGUGGACGAGUUACAGACGGCUGGGACCGACGUACAUUGAAUACCAUCUUAUCGAAAUUUUACUGUCCAGAAUUGGUGGAAUCAGAAAAAUAUAAAUUAGAUCCAAAUGGUGACUAUUAUGUGCCCCUGUUUGGAUCUUACAAUGAGUAUUUAGAAUUCGUCAAAGGACUACCAUUGAUUACACCGCCUCGUGUUUUUGGAAUGAAUGAAAACGCUGAUAUAAUGAAAGAUUUAAAUGAAACGAAUUUAAUAUUAAAUACAAUUUUGUUGACACAAGAUACUUUAUCAAGUGAAGGAAGUGAGAAAAGUCCUGACGAAGUCGUGUUUGACAUUGCAGCUGAUGUAUUAUCAAAAUUACCAGCUUUAUUUGAUUUAGCUUCAACACUAGAGAAAUACCCAACUUUAUAUGAGCAAAGUAUGAAUACAGUCCUUGUACAAGAAAUGGGUCGUUUUAAUACAUUAUUAGCUCUCGUUCGACAAAGUUUAAUAAAUGUGCAAAAAGGUAUAAAAGGGCAAAUUGUUUUAUCGGUCGAAUUGGAAGAAGUUGUAAAAAGUAUGUUAACUGGAAAAAUACCUGCAAUGUGGAUGAAAAAAUCAUAUCCAUCUUUGAAGCCAUUGGGUAGUUACGUAACUGACUUUCUGGAACGAUUAGCAUUUUUGAAGAAAUGGUACGAUGAAGGUGCGCCUAUAACUUUCUGGAUAUCAGGAUUUUUCUUUACUCAAGCCUUUUUAACGGGUGCACAACAAAAUUAUGCUCGAAAAUAUAAAAUUCCAAUUGAUUUGCUCGAUUUUAAUUUUAAAUUUGAGAAGAGCACUGAAUUUUUUUCAGCACCAGAAGAUGGCGUUUAUGUUUAUGGAUUAUUUUUGGAUGGUGCUCGAUGGGAUAAAGAGUUUAUGAUAUUAGACGAAUCUUUACCUAAAGUUUUAUACGAUUCUGUUCCAUAUAUUUGGUUAAUUCCAGUAAAAAGAGAAGACAAGAAUUUGCAAGGCUAUACAUGCCCUGUAUAUAAAACUGCAGAACGGCGUGGUGUUCUAGCUACAACAGGUCAUUCAUCAAAUUAUGUUCUUCCAAUUCUUGUGCCAACCUACGAGGAACCAGACCAUUGGAUACUUAGAGGAGUUGCAAUGCUCUGUCAACUAUCUCAAUAG